AUGCCAGUCGGACCCAGCGAAGAAGAAAGUCCCCGAGAAAUAAAAGACAAUGAAACCAACCCGUACAUCUCCAGCAUAGCCCUGUACAACCUUUCCCGAGCGCAUACUCUCCUCGCCUCCCUCGCCACCAAGCCCAAAUGGACCAACGCCGACACCUCCUCCGUCGACUGCAUGCACUAUGACGGCGACACCGCCCUCGAACACUGCGCCUCUCAGCUCGAUCUACAGCCGAACCAGCACGUCCUAGACAUCGGAUCAGGCUUCAGCGCCACGGGCCGCUUCCUCGCGUCCAAGUACGGCGCACAUGUGACCGGCAUCGAACUGCAGCGCGAGAACCACGAGCUCGCUCAACGCAUCACCGUGCGGAAUGUCGACCCGCGCGUCGUGGAGAGGGUACGGAGUGUGAAUGCGGACUUCCUGCGCCUUACGCCGGAGAGUCUCGUUGUGGUCGGCGGUGAUGGAAAACCAUCGUCUGCACGGUUUGACCAUGUAGUGUCUUUGAUGUGCAUAAUGCACAUACCCGAAUCGGCUCGAUCGGCUGUGUUCCGACAAGCCGCGCGGUUCCUGAAAGCUGGGGGGAAGAUGUACAUUGAGGAUUUGUACGACAAGUCCUGCCAGAGAGAUGCAGUAUCGCAUCUCACUGAAAGGGAGUUGCAUCAGUUGCGAGAGAUCGUGGCAUGUCCUUACCUUCCCUCUGCCUCGGGAUAUGUUGCCGAUGUAGCAGCCGCGGGCUUUGAUGGGGUCGCGUUCGAAGAUGUCUCGGAGAAGUGGACAGGAUUGGUGCGCGCGCGCACGGAGAACUACAGGGGCUCUGAAAAGCCCAACGCGGACCUACAGAAGUUUUAUGAUACCAUUGCCGAGGUAUUUGAAGGGGGUAGUGUCGGUGGGGUCAGAUUGACUGCUGUGAGGAGAUGA